CACUCUAUGCUUUGGGGAGAGAAACUGGUCAGUGGGAAACGAAGUAGUAUCUCGUGGCAAAGAAGUAAUUAAAACGUGCGAAGGAUUUGUAUCUCGUGCGCACGCAAUAGCAUUUCGUGGCCUCAAUAUAACAUUUUUUUCCAUCUAUGGAUCUUCCCGGGCUCCGUAAUAAGAAGCCGUAAAACAUCCACACUGCCCCUGUUUUCUAGCAGUUACGGUAACCAGCAUCAUGCUACCGGAAAGGUUAGCCUUGUCCCUUUUGUAAGCUAACCCACCGAUUGUGUUGCGGUUUUUUCCAACAUAAUUCUCGGCGGCAGCAAAGUGAAACAUGUCCACAGAUAUGCCGCGGGACAGCUUGAACCUGGAGUCCCAGCUUUUGUCCAUAAUGGACGUGCUGGUGAAAGCGGCGGUGACGGAAAUCAGUCAGCUGUUUUCGGAGAGCUCGGCGUCUCUCCGCCUGCAUUUAACCCAGAGCCUGAAGGAAAACGAAGCCCUGAGGAUGAGGAUGAAGGUGAUGAGGAGUGAGCUCUUCUCCCUGAGGCUGCAGACCAGGACGAACCGGCCGGCGAGCCGCUUUUCCCCGAUCAGAGGCAAUAUCUCCAGACCACCACGGGCUAGAUCACAAGUUGUCAUUAAACCACUAGUGGCUCAAAAGACUGUUGGGGAAGCUGCUUCUAUUUCUCUACAAUCAGAGAACAAGACUUCCUCCUCUGCCACUCAAGUGGAGUGUCCAGAUGUGGAGAGCCCAGAUGUCAUCCUGAUCAAAGAUGAAGACGACGUUGGAGGAUGUGGGCCAGCUGUAGGUCAGGAUGACUUUGUAAACCACAGCACGCAGGGUGGUGUUGCCACAGGGACAGGACAGAAUUUGGAGUCAUCCUGCUUGACAGGUAAUCAUGAGGAACUGCGAAUCGUGAGUGUUCACGGGCGAGGGGAAGGGCCUCUGCAGGAGGAGAGCGACACCCUCUUCUCUGCCUCUGAACUCCAGGCUUUUAGCUCUCUGUCUCCUGACAACGUCACCGAUGACAGUCUCCUGAAUUUCACCACCGGUGCCAGUAACAGAGCCCCGAUGAGAGGGAUGCAGGAUAACAGUGUUGGACUGGCAAGAAACAGCCAACUGGAAAUAAAUCCUUCCACCCAAAUGGCUUCAACAGCAUUGAAUCCUGCAAUAAAAACACCAGUCGUAGGAGCUGAUGGUCAUGUGGGGCACCCCAGUCAUGUCAGCCGGUUCCCCCAGCAGCAGAACGUCUUCCCCAACACCGUCAACAAAUCCCUGGACUGCAGCUUUUGUGGCGAGCGAUUCCUCAGCCGAGAAGACCUGAUUGUACACCGGGCAAGUCACACCGGGGAGUCGCCUGUUCUGUGUUCCUUUUGCGGUAAGUCGUUCGUCAACAAGACCACGCUGAGCAUCCACAUGCGCAUUCACACCGGGGAAAAGCCGUACGCUUGUACGCAGUGUGGGAAACGCUUCACGCAGAAUGGCAGCCUGAAGAUCCACCUGAGGACUCACUCUGGAGAGAAGCCGUACACCUGCAAUCAGUGCACCGCCAGCUUCAACAACCCCAGCAACCUGCGCAGGCACAUGAUCACACACAACACAAACGGAGUGCUCUGACCAUGAAAGAUGCAAAAGUUUUUCAGUUACUUUUACUGACACUUGUGCCACAUUGUGGCUGCAUUUCAUUAGUAGUUCCACUUCCCGUCAUUCACUUCCCUUCAGCCCUUGGUAUUACGUAACAGCAUAUGUCGCACGGAGCCCACUUGGAGAGCAGAGGGAAAGUGUGCGGGGAAGGAGCAGGGGAUUUAAAUGGAGCGCAAAUGCAUAACUGCAAUGCAUUGUGGGUGAUAUACACCUCUGGAGUGACCAUUGACCAUUGUUGACUCGCUCCCUCGGCCCUCCGAGGGUCGAUCUCACCAAGUUCACUUCAGUUUUUCAGACAAAUGGAAUGACACUUAUGAUGGCGGCAGGGAUUCCCCCGAGUGAAAGCUAACGAGGGCAUGUUGAAUGACUAAUGAAACACAGCCUGUGUAUUUUGGGAAAAUGUGUUUCCUGUGGCAGUAUCAUGGUCUUGUCCUUUUUGUAUUUCUAGUUUUGCCACUGCACAAGGAACUUGUCAUGGGCCAUAUGUACUUAAUAACCCUACAAGUACACUAAUGUAUAUCUUGACAACUUCCCAGUAAAAUCAAUGGACUGUUGUGGUUCAAAAUAAUCAGAAUCAGAAAUACUUUAUUGAUCCCCAAGGGGAAACUCUAAGGACACAAACAAACAUGAUCUCUGUUCUAUAUGAUGAGAGUUGCAUUCUUUUUAAUUCUAGGAAAACCAGCAAUAGGAAAAUAACCUUCAAAACUAAAAUGUCUUUUUCUUCUGUGGAUCGAGGAACUGCUAUAAAUGCUAUAAAUUAUACUGUCUGAAGAUAAACCUGGAUGCCUCUUGUUAUGCCUCAUUCAAGGAAAAUGUGCAGUACCUUAAUUUAAUUUGAGCAGAUGUUAACAAUUUGUUUUACACUGACAUGACCAACUCUGCAUAUUAUACAACUGUAGCUCAAAACUAGAUCAUUCAAUGUGUAAAAUACGCUCAUCAGUGAUUCUCGCAGUUGCCAUCUUGACUUCUGACAGCACGAACGCUUGUAAGCUGUAACCAUGGGAAUCGUUCCCAUUGUUACUGGAGCAAACCCUGUGCAGGGCAGAGAGGGACGUGGGUCGCUAAGCGUGCAACAGAUGCUAAAAUGGACAGUGACAUUGAAGUAAGGAAGAAAAAUGGUACAGAUAGGGAUGGGCGAUAUGGAUAAAAUCUAUUGUGUUAUAUCACAAUAUAGAUAAAUAUUGUGAUAGUAUGCACUCAAAAAAGCAUGUAACCCCUGGGUAAAUCCCCUUAGCUACAAAAACAUGAAAGGAAAUGUGUUUGGCUAAUCAAAUUAAUUAAGCGCCUGACAAACUGCAACAGUCCUGUCAGUCAAAUAUUGCCAGAAAGCAGUCCUGCUCAUUGAUUUGCCCACAUUGGCCUAAUGCAAAUAUUAAAGGGACAGCAUGAUGUAACUGGUCUGGCAAAAUGCAGUUAUGAUAUGGUUCACAAAUUUCCACUGUGUCACUGUAUAUAUUGCCAUAGCGCCCAACCCUAGGUACAAUAACAAAUGUUACAAGAGCACUAAUGUAAAGUGUUUUAAAAGUUUGCAGAGCUACAAGCAAUUUAACAGUUUCUCACACCACACAGUUGGCAAAAAAAUCCCAGACACACCGACUAAACUUCAAUCAAUCUGAACAUAAUUUAUUAGGAAUUAAAACUGUUUGACUUACUGUAUAGUGAGCUGCAUACCUGGCAUGAGAAGAGGGCCAUUUACAGUGCCUUGCGAAAGUAUUCGGCCCCCUUGAACUUUGCGACCUUUUGCCACAUUUCAGGCUUCAAACAUAAAGAUAUGAAACUGUAAUUUUUUGUGAAGAAACAACAAGUGGGACACAAUCAUUAAGUGGAAUUAAAUUUAUUAGAUAUUUCAAACUAACAAAUCAAAAACUGAAAAAUUGGGUGUGCAAAAUUAUUCAGCCCCCUUAAAUUAAUACUUUGUAGCGCCACCUUUUGUGGGAUUACAGCUGUAAGUCGCUUGGGGUAUGUCUGUUAUGCACAUCGAGAGACUGAAAUUUUUGCCCAUUCCUCCUUGGAAAACAGCUCGAGCUCAGUGAGGUUGGAUGGAGAGCAUUUGUGAACAGCAGUUUUCAGUUCUUUCCACAGAUUCUCAAUUGGAUUCAGGUCUG